ACAUACUAACUAAGCUAAGUGUAUCACUAUCUCAUUUGUCUUUUCUCUUGAAGAUAAAAAUUCCUAGACACACAAGAUAUGCAGUUUAAUAAUUAACUACAUUAUCAAAACUUUAAAAUCUUCUUUUUCACAAUAAUACUUUUAAACGCUAAUAAAUAUAAUUUUGUUCCCCUUAAAAAUAAUAUAGACUUUAAUAUAUCUUAGGUUUUGAACUUAUGUUUAGGCGAAGCAAGGAGAGUUUUAUUUCUUGACCUACAUGUGGUUAUGUUUUGGUCACGUGUCAUCAGUGACGUCAUAAACAUGGCUGCUUUAUAGCUUUGGAGAUUUAAAAUUGUGUGUAUCUACCAUGUUCUACCUAUGACAAAUUAAUGAAAUGUUUUUGUUAAUUUGAUCCUCCCAAGAGUGUGGAAUCUAAGUUAUGAUAUAGCAACUUAUAUUUCUGCUGCAGAAGAUGGUUUCAGCGAUACUUUCUAGGCUUGUUAUGUAAGUAUUAAGUAAUCUUUAUAAAUAAAGACUUUCAAUUUCACGAUAGUUGGUUUGGUUUUGUCAAUCGAUCAUUGAAUGUUGAUAGUGACUUGUCUUCUUAAACUAUACAUAAGUCAUAAAAAAGUAUUCAAAGAUAAAAUCAGUUUAAGGUGUCUUUAUCACCUAUGAGCCUAUUGGCUGAGUCGAAUAAGUGUUAAAAAUAAUUUCAGCUUAGGACUAAUCAACUAGCAGUAACACUGACACUGACACCCAAAAAAUAUUAUUAUUAGUAUAAAGUAUAAUAGUUUAGUAAGUUAGUAUUAGUAUUGUAUAGCCCAGGCCUAGUCAGUAAUAAAUAAUAGUAAUGAUAGUUUAAUUAAAUAGUCAUCUGCCAUACUAUACUGGUACUCUUACGACAACGUCAUAUUGAGUCAUAUACGACACUCUACACAGAAAUUGUUACUUCAAGACUUGUCUUACCAUGGCAUGGUUUAAUCAAGCAAGACUAAGUUACUAACUUAGUCAUCAUGACUAAGACAGUGUACUAAGUACUAAGACUCGGAUGACUAAAACUAAAAAAUUACUAAGUCUAAGACACAAGUUGACAAAGUCUAUUUAUAUCACUAAAUAAUAAACUAGGUCGGAAACUGUUCAUUGAAAUAUGACAAAUAAUUUAAUAUGCUCAUUUUAACUAUUUUGACCUAGAAAGUUAAGAAAGCUCUUUAAAUUUAUAUUCACUUUUAUUAUUUAAUUUAAACUCUGAGGCAUAUCAUAAACGAAAACAAUAAUUUUGCAGUGAAUUUCUUAUUUAUUUAUGCAUAUUUUACAACAUAAUAAAACAAAUUAAAUGCAGCUAUCAUGCGAGCCCACACCUUUUUGUAUUCGAGCCCAAAUCUUUUUUUAUCCUGAAAGUUUUAGGAUAAGAAAAGUGUUAAGUGAAAGUUUGUUUGGAACAAGUUUUUGAAAAUUAAAUUUGUUAAACUGAGAUUGAGAUUAAUUUUUUAAUUUUUAUUUUAAGUGAACAAACUUAAUUUCAAACUUUGAUAAUAAUGGUAGUUAUCCAACUGCUACUACUUAAUAAACACUUUAAAUCACACUAACACACUUAUAUUAUAAUAUAUAGUCAGUAGUAAUAGUUUAAAUUAAUAGUCAUUGCCAUACCAUACUCACAUGACAACGUCUUACACUAAGACUAAUUGUUAUUUAGCCUUUUCUCUUAUUUCAAGCUUUAUUAUAUUUUCGAUAUUAUAUAUAUAUAAAAAUGCCAUCAUUCUGUCUUCAUUUGAUGAUGGAGUAGCUGUUGACACUUCAUCAUCUAACUUAUGAAGGUGAUCCUGGAAUGGCAGUCUCUGGUGACUUUCUCACAGGAGAAUAUUGACUCCUGUUUAAAUUUGGCCUUACAUAAUGCUCUUUUUUGUUGCAAGGGCUUUGUUUUGUGCAUCUUCUCCCCCAUACACUGUGGUUUGCCAGCUGCAACAGUGCUCAGAUAUGAUCUCCCAUUCACAGCCAUGACCUUUCAAUAAGUCUUGCCUUUCCAUACAGCCUUCCUCCAUUCUCCUUACAUUGGCUAAACCAUCAAAAGCUUCUCCUGCUUAGAGUAAAGAACAUGCUACAUAUUUUGGCACAUUCCAGAACACCUCAGUGUUAGACACUUACGUGAAAGUUGUUGAGCUUCUGCUCAAGACUGGCAUAUAUGGUCCACUUCAAUGUCGUAUAGUACUGUACUGAGCACACAUGCCUGAUAGAUUCUUUCAAUGUGAUCGGAAAGAAAAAACAAACAUUUUAUGUAGCUUUCUUUUGAAGUUUGGGCUGUUGGAUAUAAACAUUACAGCGAACUAAAUAUUCAUUUAUGUACAACACUUAUGGAUACUCAGAAUUCAUGUUAUAUCAAGCAUCAUUCUUUUAUUUCAUUGGAGCACUCAAGGUGCCAUAAAUCUUUCUCCUGGAAAAUGCAAACUCUACAGUUACAACAUUCAAAUUAAAAUUUUUAAUAAAAAAAAUAAAUUCUAAACCACUGUUGAAACUUUAGUCAUACUAUUAAAGUGGUUUUCAACCUUAUUAUUUCCUAACACACUAAUAACUAAAUCUUCCUUAUACAAAAGCAUCAGCUGUGUCAGUGAGGAUUAUUGCCCUAGCAAAUGGUCAAUUAGAGUAGUUUGAUUUUGUCAUUUCCGUGCUUUCAUCUUACCUGGGAUGACUCUGAAUUUGGUAGGUUUAAAUAAUAAUAACAAUAUCAAAAUCUUGUGAAUACCUGUGAAUACUCUGCAACACAACAGUGAAAAAAUGCUCCUUACUAAAAUAUUAGACCAGGGGCUCUCAACCUUGUUGGUACUGCAUAAUGAAGCUAGCCCAAUCCCUUUUUGAUAGUUACAUUUAAAAACGAUUUCCACUCUGCCUGGCUUCCCUGUAAUAUGGCCAGACUGACUACAUACAGUCACAAUUUUGCAUGUUGAAUGCUUCAGCAGACAAAAAGGGUUAUAACUAAACAUUGAUUUGGGUGAAUCAUGUCCAAACAUAAGACGCAAUUAAAUAAACGUUACUUUUAGCUCUGAUAUUAAGUUUUUCAAUUUUCAAAUUUCAAGACAGGAGAAAAUACUAUGUUAACUAUAGGCUAUAGGUCACGAGGAUUUAAAAUAAUAAUUUGUGGGAAAUACAUCAGUUCAUCUAUCAUUUAAAACAAAAACCUUAAAAUUUUCCUGCUACUGCCUUUAAUUUUUGGGCUUUACAAGUACAACAAAUCCCAUAAAUUGUGAAAACAUUAGUAAAUUUGUGAAGAUUGUAACUAUUGUAGCAAGUACACAUGAACAAUACAAUUAAAAGAGUGCGAAAAUCUUAGUUAGGUCUGGCUUGUUCCAUUUGCUGUUACUAUAUUGAAAGUUUUCUUUCAGAUAGUUUGGAAGCUAUAUGGCAAUAAUGACAUAAAUAAGCAACAUUCUUUUUCACAGCCACCUCCGGGUGGUUGUGUAACAGACUGCUGUUGCUAUUUUCGAUGCUUGCUUUGAUUAAUAUUUAAUUUCUUUUUACCAUUUUGCAUAUAAACAGAAAUAUGUGUGGUAUGAAUAAUAUCAUAUACAAUGAAGAAAUUAUUCAUUGUUAUAAAUAUUAUGCCGCUCAGUCCCCUCCACUGGGGCCGUCCAUCAAUUACAUCAACUAUUUGUAAGCAAUUUUUGACCCACCCCCCCAGUCAACAGCUGUCACAUUUUCAGUACCCCCAGUAAUUAUGUCAACAUUUGUAUUAAACACAACCGCCACCCCCCACCCCCCAAAAUAAAAGAAAUGAAUUAUAAUAUAAAUUAAUAUAUCGACAAAUAUUACUUUAUGAUGAUCUAUUUUAAUAACACAAAAUUGGAGGAAAAAAUUUUAUUGCAUCUUUAGCUUGUUAAUCAACAAGUUAAAAUGUUUUUACUCAAAUUUUAUAAUGCAGAAUUAAGGAAAUGGUUGUUAAAGAAUAAAUGUCAUUUUUUGUUGUUGUGGAAAUAGAAAUAUGAUUAUUGUCAGUAUAGCUGACAAUUGUCACAUAGUUUCUAGCUGCUGUCAUCUUCCCAGGGAGUUGUCAGGUGUUGCUCUAUCUUAACAAAGGGCAUAGUAAUUGAACUGAUUACCAGACAAGUCAACAUCAUCCUCAUCUAGCCAUUCAGCACUUAAAACAAAACCAUUGUCAGUGUGAGCAAUAAUUGCCAUAAGCUCUCUCUCUGUCUCCUGGCAGGUACCUGCAUAAGUCGAAUCCUUCUUUGUUGAGGAGCAGGUGGUAAUUUCUGAUGCAUUGUCGGUGCUGUUGAACUUGCUAUUUCAACAUGACUUGUGGUGCAAAAUAGAUAUUACAGAUUUUGCAAAUCCGUUCAAGCAGCGAUUUUAUUAUUGCUCUCAAUUUACUUUCCCUUAUUCUUAAAAUAUCGUAUAGGCCUACCUACUCUAAUGUGUGCCAUACCUGCAACGUGACCGCAAACAUACCGCCCUAGUCAAUUGCGAAAAAUAGAAUCUACAGUCGAUGAGAGGCCAACUUUUUUACUUCUCUUGCAUUAACUAAAUGUGCUAACAUUCUGAGCAGCCAUUAGCAAUGCACAGACAGAAACACAUUAAAUAAAUCUUAUAUUGUUAAAAGCCUAAAAAUUAUAUAGCAAUUUUAAUUUACACUCAUUAAAUUUGUUAAAAUAUUUUAAAAUUUUUAAAAGAUUAACAUUUUAAUAGAGAAAACAUGAUUGUUGACGUCAACUAAUGUACCCCCAUUCCCCUUGUCAAACAUUUCAACCCCCCCCCCCCCCCCCUCUCUCUCUCUCUCUCUCUCUUGUUGACAUAAUUAAUGGACGACCCCACUAAUGCCACAUUUAAGUUUUUGAAGAUAAAUCAAUUACUCAAUCCGCCAAUUGCUAUCAUGCUUAAAAUGAUUCGUUUUGUCCGAUUCCUCUUUUAGAGAUGAGGAGUGAGGGGGGGGGGGGAUAAAGUUAGCAUUUUGCGACGUAUUAACGGGAUGCAAGCUUUGUCGUAAUCAACCCAAGGGUCUAUUGAUUUUAAAGAUAGUGUGUCGUGUGUAGCCGCCCGCCUCUGACCUGGCCGGGUUCUGAGGCCGGGACUACUUUCUUUCCUUUGUAUUUGACCCACUAAAGUCGAAUUUCUAGGUUACGUAGAAAUAGAAAGCACGGCUUUGCAUUUCUUUAGUAGAAAUAAUUAUUUGAGGUUUUUGCCAUUGGCUUUAUUCCGUUUACAAUUUUUAAUUAAAAAAAGAUUUAUUUUACUAAUUUCAUUUUAAAAUAACGUUAAUUUACAAAUAAUUUCGCUCACAAUUUAUUUUAUAACGAUUAACUGGGAGCCUUUAGAGAGUUUCAUUAUCUUCAAUUAGUAUUUAUAAUAAAUAAAGCUUCUGCUGUUAAUGAAUUUUUUCCCUUGUAAACACAACUUGAUGAAAAUAUGAAAAGUGUGUUUGAAAUGAUAAGUCUUAGGAUCUAACUGACAUAAACAAAAAUAUAGUAGGGUACCAAAGACAGUGAAUACCAAGCAUACAUUCAUAAAACUGUUAUGUGUUUUUUGUAUAAUUUCACUUAUUGUUAAAGUUACCAUUAGCAAUGUCUUGUGCUAACAGUAUAUUAGUUCUAUAUACUAUUUGUAAGGACAUAAGGUUCCACCUGAUCUAGAAUGUGGACGAGCAGCGACCAUGUUUUUAUUUCCCCCUUAAAAACAGUAAAUAGAUUAUUCCCUAAUCGUGAUCAUAAAAAUUAUCAUAGUUGAACUUUGAAUCAUUUAAUAUUUCCAAAGUCCUCUUAAUAUAAAUCUGAGAGGAUAUUCAUUGUUCAGUUUUAAUUUAAAAUGUAUAACAUCCAGCCAGUCGAUAUUUUAAUCGCCUCCAUUCUUUAUCAGAUUGGUUAUUGGAAACCUGAGUACUAAAUACCUUGGAGAGUUGGUAAUUGCGCAUUUAGUAUUUUUAGCAUCCCAAGCGACCCCAAGCACAAUCUGUUUUUUUUUUCUUUUUUUCAAAACUGAGCACCAUUUAAGUUACGGUAUAUAAUGAUUUUUGUAAUGAUCUAUACAAGUUGUGUAAUUAAAAUUUAUCUUUUAAUUUAAUUAUUACUAAAAAUUGAGGUGCCACUCUAUUGAUUCAAUUAUUGUGAUGUCUUUCGGAAACUAUAUGACAGUGUUGAAAGCUAUGUAGUAUGUGUUACAGCGAAAGUUUAUGUCACACUCAGGAACCAUAAAAGAACCAAGACCCUGGUAGCGAGUGUGCUUGAGAUAGGAACCAUAACAUAACCAAGCCCCUGGAAGCGAGUGUGCUUGUAGGAUGCUUGCAUGCUCUGUAAACUCGCUCACGUUCAAAAUAGCAGUGAUUCUAAACCGGCGUGUCUCGACACAUUGAUGGGCCCCACCCAGUAAACAAGCACUUAUUCAUAGACUGACGGGCGUACAGUGUCUGCAUCUGCUAUUAAGCGUGUACACAUCCAAUGCUACUGAGACGCGGAGCCCAAUAAUUUGUUUUUAAAAAUUACUAAUCUAAUAUUGAUGAGUAAACGGGAGACAAGGAGGUGGGGCAGCACUGUACUGUGCCAUGUUACCUUUGACAAACGUCGGCCUUGGGGGGGAGGGGGGGUAGCGUUGCCUAUUCUCUAGCUAGAAGAGAAGAAAACACAAAGUUACUGAGUAAAGGCGGAAAAGAGAAGAAAAAAAAAGAAGAAAAAACCAGCCAUGAGCAAGUUGGGUGGAUACUGUUUUAUUUCGUGUGCCGAGUUCUGAAUCUUGUAAAUCUCGUGAAUACCUAUUUUUAUGAAAGUUAGAUGUGCAACGUAUUUUAAAAUAAUAAAAUUAUUUGGUGUAAUCAUAAUAUGCCAUUAGAAGAGUAUGAACCAUAUCUUUCGUUAAAAUUGUUAGAAACCUUCUAUUUCAAUUAUUUGAAUGGACCAAUAGAUAUAACAUUUUUAUACCGGUAUUUCAGAUUCAUUGGGUAUUUCCAAUAUAUAAAUUUCAUAAAUACUAUAAUAAUUUCAUAAUUUCUGGCUUCUUCCGAAAUUGGAAGUCAGUUUAAACCCAUCAACAGAACAUCAAUACAUUUUUUAAACUCCCCUGCUCCCACCCCGAAGAAAUUAAGAUACAUACCGUACCUUCAUACUGUAAACUUUUUAAAAAUAAUAAUAAAAUAAACAGCAUAUUCUUUAAUAAUGUAAACGUUAUUUAAAGCUACCCGGUACGAUAUCAUUAUAUUAUUAAAAAAUUGUGUCCCACGCAUUUGACAUGUUUUCAUUUAAAGUUAGUGAAAUAACAUUAUUCCCGGUGCUGAAGGGUUGAAUCUUUGCGUUUAUAAAGAGUGGAAUACAGAAGAAAAAAACAAUCAAGAUUGAUAGAAAUUGUUCUUUCUGUACUAGUACUAGUCAUUUAUACCCACAUUGUUUAUUGUUUAUAUUUGAUCACAGUAUACCUCACAACAGGUUUCUCUAUUUAUAAAGAAUGAGGACUGCGAUCUUAGUCCAUAAUAUAUCCGUUCGUUUUUUGACAUGUCUUUGACAAAAUCUGGAGAUUUAAAAAAAUAUCUGCUAUGACUGAGCUGACUUAAACUGAAAGUUGAGCUAGUCAGUCUGGUGUUACCUUAACCUGAAAGUUGAGCUAGUCAGUCUGGUGUUACCUUAACCUGAAAGUUGAGCUAGUCAGUCUGGUGUUACCUUAACCUGAAAGUUGAGCUAGUCAAUCUGGUGUUACCUUAACCUGAAAGUUUGGCUAGUCAACCUGACGUUACCUUAACCUGAAAGUUGAGCUAGUCAAUCUGGCGUUACCUUAACCUGAAAGUUGAGCUAGUCAUUCUGGCGUUACCUUAACCUAAAAGUUGAGCUAGUCAAUCUGGCGUUACCUUAACCUGAAAGUUGAGCUAGUCAUUCUGGCGUUACCUUAACCUGAAAGUUGAGCUAGUCAAUCUGGUGUUACCUUAACCUGAAAGUUGAGCUAGUCAUUCUGGCGUUACCUUAACCUGAAAGUUGAGCUAGUCAAUCUGGUGUUACCUUAACCUAAAAGUUGAGCUAGUCAUUCUGGUGUUACCUUAACCUGAAAGUUUGGCUAGUCAACCUGACGUUACCUUAACCUGAAAGUUGAGCUAGUCAUUCUGGCGUUAUCUUAACCUAAAAGUUGAGCUAGUCAAUCUGGUGUUACCUUAACCUGAAAGUUUGGCUAGUCAACCUGACGUUACCUUAACCUGAAAGUUGAGCUAGUCAAUCUGGCGUUACCUUAACCUGAAAGUUGAGCUAGUCAUUCUGGCGUUACCUUAACCUAAAAGUUGAGCUAGUCAAUCUGGCGUUACCUUAACCUGAAAGUUGAGCUAGUCAUUCUGGCGUUACCUUAACCUGAAAGUUGAGCUAGUCAAUCUGGUGUUACCUUAACCUGAAAGUUGAGCUAGUCAUUCUGGCGUUAUCUUAACCUGAAAGUUGAGCUAGUCAUUCUGGCGUUACCUUAACCUGAAAGUUGAGCUAGUCAUUCUGGCGUUACCUUAACCUGAAAGUUGAGCUAGUCAAUCUGGCGUUACCUUAACCUGAAAGUUGAGCUAGUCAGUCUGGUGUUACCCUUGAUAUAAACUUGAAGAAUUCUUUUCUAUUCCUUUCUGGGCAAAAUUUGGGCAGUUCAUCGGAACAAAAUAUCUGCAUACUAUAAACAGAACUAUAGUUGUGUUAGUAAUGUUCCGAGACAAACGAAGGUUCUUUCUUGAUAUAUUAUUGCAUCGAAGGAUUAUUUUAGUGUCUGACUGCAACAGCUGAAUCUUGUUUAUGUCAGUACGUCCCAAACCCACGACAGAUUUUAACAAAUUCAAAGAUGAGAAAAUAUUUUGUAUGUGCCUCUUUAUCUCUCCAUCUCUCUCUCCCUCGCUCUCUCCCGUCCCUCCACCCCUAUCUAAUUUCAACCGGCACAUUUAGGUAAUUUAGUUUGAUGUAUUAUGAUAAGAUCAGCCAAGAUCCUGUGGGUAUAUCAUCUGUAAUUCCGUGUCCCCCGUUGCUAAAGGAUGUUAACGCAACAGUGUUGUUAGCUGGGCCACCAGUUCGUUUGAUCGAGAGACAGGAGACACAGCAUUGAGGUGGCUUCGCCUAACUCGGAGUGGGAGCCGAACCUAAAAAUCGAUACUGCUUCUUUCUCCGGGUCGAUGCAGUUAAAUCAGGGGUCGUCUCAGUGGUCUGACAAGGAUUAUUUUGUAGAACGAGCUUUGGGGUGGGGUGAUAUAUGAUAGACGUUAGUCAACAUGUAGUCCGAUAUGUCGAAAUUAGCUUCAAUCAAUUUGGUGGCUAUUGAAUUUGUUUGAUUGAUGGAUAUUGAAUUUGUUUGAUAUUGAAUUUGUUUGAUUGAUGGAUAUUGAAUUUGUUUGAUUGUUCAGGAAACACACCUAGUUUCCUAAAAGCCACAUACUUAUCAGGACUUUCAAAAGAGAUACCGAUUUUUUAAACCCGAAAAGGAUAUAAAUAUAUUUUUUUUUGCAAUAUUAAAUUUAGACGGAAAUCCAUACUGAAAUCCAAUAUAAAAACCCAGAUCUUACUGAAACCAGUUUCGAAACCAAAUAUAACCAUUAAUAAAUAUAUCUGUAAAUAUCUAAAAUAAUUUUUUUAUCAGAUUUAAAAACAUAGUACACAGAAAAAUAUAAUUAAGUCACAGCCAAAUCAAACAUUGAAAGUGAUGCACCAAAAAUACCAGUCGCGAGUACGUGGGGUCAAGGCAGCUCAGGGUCGGCGCUACGGGGGUGCGGGGCCUUGUGCCUUUGACUUUAUAUACCCCGGCCAAUAUGAUAUUAAGACAUGUCAUCGUCAUACAGGGACUUACUGGUCAUAAAGCGACACGUCAUACCGGGUACUUGUUCAUUCGCUUAGUUUUCGAAAGCUCUAUCAAAAAAUUUACUGUUACCGUUGAAUUGUACUGAGCCGAAUUAUUCCUAGCAGGUCGGUUGUUGCUAAUAUCAUGGUACCGUAACAGUAGUCACAAAGUCCAAAAAACACAAAGCUGAAUGAGCUUGUGCGCUCUUAAGCUUAAAAAUACACUGCAUCAUGUCCACGUAAACCAAAGUAAUUUUAAAAAAAAAUAAGACGGUUCACGGGCAGCUAAUUAAACAGAUAAAUGAGUGAGUUCUUCAUCAUCAAGGCUGGUAACAAAGUCUCGUUCAAUUGUCAAUUAGUCAGUCGACCCUGAGAAGUUGAUGGCUGAGCUAAGUUUUUAUAAAAAAUAAUUUGAAAAAGUUCUUUUGGCACUUGGUAAAACUUUAUACUAUACGCGAUCGCAGUAGUCGGAAAAUAAUUUUACAGCAACAGAAGUAAUAGAGGACACUUACACAACAGUUUAAUGGCGUUUGUAAGUUUCAUGGAAUCUUUUCCCCCAAGAUCUUAAGUCCGAACUAUCUACAAACCGAUGUCCCUUUUCAAUUUAAAAAAAAAAAAAAAAACUAAUUUUUUUAUUGGACUGAAUACAUACUGUUUUAAAAACAAGAAAUACAAUGUUUCAAACAUUUUCAGAAUAUGCAUACGUCCCCUUUACAUUUCUUUAAACGAUUUUUCGCUAAAUCAAGAACCAAUGUUUGUUUACCUUGUUUUUUAAAAAAUAAUUUUAAAACAAUAAUUAGUUUUCUUUACAACAGGAAAGUAAACAUUAAAUUUAUGAACAAAACGUCCUUUUUUUGGGUGGUCGCCCGUUCGUCACGCCCUGGGCCUGGGCAGCAUAUCUACGUCCGGUAGCNUUUAAUGGCGUUUUUAAGUUUCAUGGAAUUUUUUCCCCCAAGAUAUUAAGUCCGAAAUAUCUACAAACCGAUGUCCCUUUUCAAUUUAAAAAAAAAAAAAAAAAACUAAUUUUUUUAUUGGACUGAAUACAUACUGUUUUAAAAACAAGAAAUACAAUGUUUCAAACAUUUUCAGAAUAUGCAUACGUCCCCUUUACAUUUCUUUAAACGAUUUUUCGCUAAAUCAAGAACCAAUGUUUGUUUACCUUGUUUUUUAAAAAAUAAUUUUAAAACAAUAAUUAGUUUUCUUUACAACAGGAAAGUAAACAUUAAAUUUAUGAACAAAACGUCCUUUUUUUGGGUGGUCGCCCGUUCGUCACGCCCUGGGCCUGGGCAGCAUAUCUACGUCCGGUAGCUUAUCCUAGCUUUUGUAGUUGACUACGUCUUGUUUCAUAUUAAUUAACAAAGCAGAAUAGUGUCAAUUGGUAUAGUAAGAACAAGACGAAUAGUGUCAGUUGGUAUAGUAAGAACAAGACGAAUAGUGCCAGUUGGUAUAGUAAGAACAAGCCGAAUAGUGUCAGUUGGUAUAGUAAGAACAAGACGAAUAGUGUCAGUUGGUAUAGUAAGAACAAGACGAAUAGUGCCAGUUGGUAUAGUAAGAACAAGACGAAUAGUGUCAGUUGGUAUAGUAAGAACAAGCCGAAUAGUGCCAGUUGGUAUAGUAAGAACAAGACGAAUAGUGUCAGUUGGUAUAGUAAGAACAAGACGAAUAGUGUCAGUUGGUAUAGUAAGAACAAGACGAAUAGUGUCAGUUGGUAUAGUAAGAACAAGACGAAUAGUGCCAGUUGGUAUAGUAAGAACAAGACGAAUAGUGUCAGUUGGUAUAGUAAGAACAAGCUGAAUAGUGCCAGUUGGUAUAGUAAGAACAAGACGAAUAGUGUCAGUUGGUAUAGUAAGAACAAGACGAAUAGUGUCAGUUGGUAUAGUAAGAACAAGACGAAUAGUGCCAGUUGGUAUAGUAAGAACAAGCCGAAUAGUGUCAGUUGGUAUAGUAAGAACAAGCCGAAUAGUGAAAGUUGGUAUAGUAUGAACAAGCCGAAUAUUGUCAGUUGGUAUAGUAAGAACAAGACGAAUAGUGCCAGUUGGUAUAGUAAGAACAAGCCGAAUAGUGCCAGUUGGUAUAGUAAGAACAAGCCGAAUAGUGCCAGUUGGUAUAGUAAGAACAAGCCGAAUAGUGCCAGUUGGUAUAGUAAGAACAAGACGAAUAGUGCCAGUUGGUAUAGUAAGAACAAGCCGAAUAGUGCCAGUUGGUAUAGUAAGAACAAGACGAAUAGUGCCAGUUGGUAUAGUAAGAACAAGACGAAUAGUGCCAGUUGGUAUAGUAAGAACAAGCCGAAUAGUGUCAGUUGGUAUAGUAAGAACAAGCCGAAUAGUGUCAGUUGGUAUAGUAAGAACAAGACGAAUAGUGCCAGUUGGUAUAGUAAGAACAAGACGAAUAGUGUCAGUUGGUAUAGUAAGAACAAGACGAAUAGUGUCAGUUGGUAUAGCAAGAACAAGCCGAAUAGUGUCAGUUGGUAUAGUAAGAACAAGCCGAAUAGUGUCAGUUGGUAUAGUAAGAACAAGCCGAAUAGUGUCAGUUGGUAUAGUAAGAACAAGACGAAUAGUGCCAGUUGGUAUAGUAAGAACAAGACGAAUAGUGUCAGUUGGUAUAGUAAGAACAAGCCGAAUAGUGCCAGUUGGUAUAGUAAGAACAAGACGAAUAGUGCCAGUUGGUAUAGUAAGAACAAGACGAAUAGUGUCAGUUGGUAUAGUAAGAACAAGCCGAAUAGUGCCAGUUGGUAUAGUAAGAACAAGACGAAUAGUGCCAGUUGGUAUAGUAAGAACAAGACGAAUAGUGUCAGUUGGUAUAGUAAGAACAAGACGAAUAGUGUCAGUUGGUAUAGUAAGAACAAGCAGAAUAAUGUAAGCUGACCUAGUCGCUACGAUACUCUUGUACCUUUUGGAGGCAGCAAGUGAUAGGCUUAGCUGAACUUUUACUGAAUGUAUAUAAAACUAAAGGCUAAGUGAUGUCCCUCAUUAAAUGCGCUUCGGGCUUGGCUUGUUAACCCCCCAGGGGCGUAUGAAAAGGGGGGUGGAGAGGAGUUUUGUCCGGGUGGCACUUUUUUAAACUUUUUUACAUGGGGUGGGGGCCGAUAUUUUCUGCCAACUGCAGAAUUUAUAUUGUGGUAGUGGGGCUAAAAACAUGCUGCAUGGCCAGCACCGGAUGCACUGACCCUAUCUACGCCACUGUCAACCCUCUUAAAAUAUAAACACAGUUGAUGGCAUUUAAUGUAUUUGUGCGGAGAGAAUAGUAAGGUAAAAAUGUGACGGCUUGCUAAAGCUCACUUGAAAGCACACAGAAAGACUCGGCGCUGUUCUUGUGUUUUAAGGGAUCUUAUUAACGGUCAUGACAACACGGCCGAACCAAUCAUAGUUUUUAGUUCAUUAUAAUGAGAUUGGAUGCGUAGAACUCAUACCGUGAAAAUGACAGUUGCGGUUCUAAUAUCAGAAUUAUGACAUGCAACUGUAGGACUUCGUGUUGGUUCCUGCUACAUCAGAAUGACAUACAACGAUAUGUCUUGGUGUAAGUUGCAGCUGCAUCAGAAUGACACCCACCUGUAGGACUUGAUGUUGUGUUCCAGCGCUAUCUGAAUCAGAAUGACCUGCAGCGUGAGGACUCUGUGUGAUACCAUGUUGAUAUCAGAAUGACCUGCAGCGUGAGGACUCUAUGUGAUACCAUGUUGAUAUCAGAAUGACCUGCAGCGUGAGGACUCUGUGUGAUACCAUGUUGAUAUCAGAAUGACCUGCAGCGUGAGGACUCUAUGUGAUACCAUGUUGAUAUCAGAAUGACCUGCAGCGUGAGGACUCUGUGUGAUACCAUGUCACUAUUUUGUCCCGAGGCAGCCAGAGAUGUCGAGCAUUUGUCGUGACACAUUUCUCGUUGUUGAAUCACUGAUAGCUCCCUAUGUUUAUGUCACUUUCAGACUUGUCUUCGGCACACUCUAUCCGGCCUACGCCUCGUAUAAAGCUGUGAGGACCAAGAAUGUCAAAGAAUAUGUGAGUACCAAAUCAAUUUGUCUUUGUUAGUUCACCGGUUAUUUCAUGUACAAUUGUGAAUUAUUUGUUCAACCUAUUCUCCCACUCACCGUGCCAUAAUCUAAUCAGAACUAAUCUCAAACGAAUCAUAUAAUCCAAUGAGUCUAGCCACGACAUACGUUUUCGUUUCUUUAAAAGUACACUUCACAUAGUAGUAUUUGUUGAUCAAUUAUUCAUUUAAAGGAGCGCCCGGAGUAGAAAUAAUAUUAUACGCUACUAAACUUGCAGAACUAUCCAUGAUUAUUUUGAAAUUGCCUAUCAGCCCCCCCCCCCCCCUUUUUUUUUUUCUUCUUCUUUCUUAAGUUUUUAUUUGAAAACAAAACCGACUCCCCUCUCAAAUGUCAAGAGAUUGGAUCAGAUUAUCGCCAUGCACACAACGAUCAUUAUUUGUGAUUUAUACUAGGCUAAACACUCGGUUACGCUAUAAAACCUUUUUUUUUCAUGUGGAAAGCUUCCAUUGUUAUUACUUAAGCCGUUUAAGGUUAUACAUUGCUAUUAAAUAAUAAAGUCGAAGGUUCGUUAAGCCGAUUCGGCGUUGUAAAAUGCACUUAUUUAGGCUCAAUGAUGCAGAUCUGUCACGAUGGUCCGGAACUAAUUGCUCCUCAGCAAAACCAGCCAGUGUCACUGAACUGUGUCAUAUUUGUUUUUGUUGUCUCCCCAUCCUUGGUGAGUUUAGAGACUCAGCAUUGAUUCGGAGACCGUGCGGCAUCUAGUACACUAAUCGAACCAAAUUUUAUAGCACUUCAUUUUCAUUAAAACUUAGAUUUCCUUCAAUAAAUUAAAGCCUAUGGUGGUGUAUGACACUCAUGUAUCUUACAUGCGAUACUUCUUUUGUGUCCUGGUGUUUUUUUUAUAUCCACCACACCUCUAUGCUGGGGCUCUUAACCUUUUUUUUUUUAGUCAAUGGACCGAUUUGUCAAUCAGAUGAAGGCCACGGACGGUUUCUUCCAAUAGUUCUCAAAUGUAUGUAAUAAAACUACGUAGGAAAUGUACCCCACGGGGCGAGGGCCGCAGUGCCCACAUGUUAAGAAUCCAUGUCUUAUUGGUCACGGGCCUGUUAAUAUACUUGUUGGGAAUAUUUUUGAUCUGUCUCUGUCUACUACUUUGGGUCAGACAGCCCCUGCCACUGUGACUCAUCUCUUCUUCGCCAGACCGUCAGCGUGACACGAAAAAUAACCCAAGGCUGCCCUAAAUAACAAAAUUAAAAUAGUAUUAAAAUACUCGUGACCUUUCAAUUGUAUUAGAUGGGCUCUCAUUCAGACGUCUUAAUCAACAUAUAAGAGCACCGGUAUAAAAGUUUACCCAAACUAAAAUGCUUUUUUGAUUUAGUCUUCUUAAUAAUAAAUGUAAACCUUAUGAUUAUCUAAGUUUUAAGAAGACGCCCUUUUAAAAAAAUUGUUGUUCAAGGUCAAUAUAUGAAUGCAUAAUUCCGUGCAUAAUAGCACGCAGGCAAAAUAAUGUCCCUGUGCCAUCUAUUUAAGUCCCUAUUUCUAUGUUGUUAUGUAAUAUCAUAAUCCCUCCCGCCAACAUGCAACAUGUGCAAAUUACGUGUGCAGAGCCCUGUACCAAUAACAACGCGUGCUUGUGUUGUACAACGUAAUGUAAUGUGUUGUCUGUUCUUGUGCAACUGGUCUGUGUUAAAUGAGGUUUGAGGAGGUUUAGCUAAGAUUUCGACGCAUCGGCAGUGUAUGCACUCACACCGCGCACAAGCACGUUCUUUGGUAUAUACAAGAGAGCUUUAAUCAAGCCACCAGCUCUUGCUUUAGCCUGAGACGACACACAAUCCUUUGAACAAGGCCAUGCUAAAGAGCUGGUGGCCAUCGUGGUUAAGAGGGCAAGGUUUUGUAAGCGCGGGGUAAACAGUAGGGGCCGUCUCAAAACCACGUGUGGCUUUGAAAAUAGCGUGUGCAUGCAUGUGGUCAGCUUUCAGUUCCGCUGUCAUCGGUCGACCCCACACACGUGGCAGCCAAAUAUUUGCGUUUGUCCCCUGACUCUCAAGCACCUCAUAAGGACAACAACAAAAUUUUAAAAUUUAAAAAAAGACUUUCUAUCAAAGUCGUGCAAGAUUUAAGAGGCACUAAGAGUAGAAAUUAAUUUAGAACCCAAAUGAUUCGAAUUGAAUGUAGAGAGUAGACGAAACUUAAUUAGGUUUUAUUAAUUGAUUAAUUUUAAAAAAAUAUUUUCUGAACAGACUUGCUUUGCGUAAUAAUUUUUUUUUCUACUUUUAGUGCGUUUUUAACUCGCCUUUGAUAGAACUAGUUGUUUCGUUUCUUUCAUUCUUUCUUUUUUUAAAUCUUUUUUCAAAGAAUUUAAAAUAUUUUAUUUUCUACUUUUUAGUAUUAAAAUCGUAAGCUUUAAAUUAUCGACAAAGAAUUAUUUACUCUAAAAAAUUCAAAUUCUAAUAAAAUCCCGGUUCAAGUGACUUUUACUCUUUACCCUGGCAUAAAACUUAAUUUUUUAAAAACUAUAAUUUGAGCAACAGUAUCAACCCGCCUCCGUUGACCUAGUUUUACAGCCGCUCACCGGGUGAUCACUGCACGAGAAAUCUUAAAAUGUUCCGUGUGUUAACGAAGAAAUAAACGCUCCAUCUACAAACUAGAUUAAAAAGCAAGUAGGUAUAAAAUCGUUAAUGUAUUUUUUAUAUAUAUUUUUUUUAUAUUUAAAACCUUAAAAAUAAGGCUUUCUUUUAAAGACGAGUUAAAACGCCCUAAAAAGUAGAAAAUAAUUUAAAAUUUAUUAUUAUUAUAAAGAAAGACUGAAACAAACCAACAACUGUUAAAGAAUGCUUAAAACUUACCCAAUAAAAAAUAAUUUUAACAGCUUAACGUUUACACUGAUUAGGUAUUUUACAUACUUCUCAGAGCUCGCUAUUUCUUGCAAAAGUUCUUCCUUUCUUAAGAGAAAACUCUAAAAAUUCGAGCGGGUCGUAAACUUAAAAUUGUAUUGUAUUCGCAUUCGCAAACUUCACAUCAAGUUUGUUCUGCUCUUUGGUGACGUUUAUCUGUGAAAACAAAAAUGCUCUACUUGUUUGCAUUAUGAGAAGGAAAAACUAACAUUCACAAAUUUGUUCGUAAUUCUUAGUAAACAAUUAAUGCUGGGCAAUAUUUGAAAACUGACCGUACAUCGUUCAAUGCAGCCCUUGGUGAUCGAAGAACUUAAUACCCUUUUCUUAAACUUUGACUUAUGACAUCAGGUUGCAAAAGUGGACCUACAGUAUCACGUUGUCGAUGAAAUCACUUUUUUUCUUCUUUUUUUUUUUUUUUUUUUGUGUAAGAGCGCAAUGCGAAAAUCUUCAGAUUUUACUUAAUUCAUUGAAUGUGUUUUUUUCGGUGAAAUAAAACGUGUAGUGAAAGUUAAAAAAAAAAAAAAAAACUUUAACUUUUACACUGUACAAACAAACAUUUGCAAAAGGAGGUCAUUUUAAAAUUGGCGGUGAAAAUUUUAUUUUAAUUGAAAAAGUAGGAACAUGUACGGUACCUUUAUUGCAUUUUAUAUCAAAUCAAAUAUUUUUGUUAGUUUAUGACCCUUAUGCUAUUGGGUUCCCAGUACUUUUUAAAAACCUCCAUGAAUUGUGAAAGUGUCAGAGUUGUUGUGCUAAAUGCACCACACUUCUCUUUUGUUAUUUUAAAGCGCCAGUUUGUUUGAAAAAACGCAGACUGCAAUGAUAGGGACGGAUGAGAUUGGGACGAUCCAAGGGACGUUAUCCUUAAAAUUUAAGCAACUUGAAAUUUUGAACUCGGUAACUAAACUUACCUCUUCUUUCUGUGGUGGAGGUGGGUUGUCUACAAACGUUUUCUAUCAUUAUUAUUAUUACUACUAUGUAUUUAUUUUAAUAAUAUUUUUCACAAACUUUUUAAGGUAAAAUGGAUGAUGUACUGGAUAGUGUUUGCCCUGUUUUGUUCUGUAGAAACCUUUUCGGAUGUAUUUCUUUCAUGGUAGGUUAAAACUCAAAGAAUCAUAUAAUUUAAUCCUUAAAUAUAAUAUAUAUAUUUUUAAGUUCAUACAUUUAUGGAGAUUUGUGAAGUUUUAAAAUAUGAAAAUGUAUCAUAAAAUUUUAAAAAAUUAAAACCUACACAAUAGAUUCCAAAUCUAUUUGAAUUAAAUCAUUAUAUUUUAUUCCAAAAUGAUCUCAGCUGAUAUUAUCAACAAUUUAAAAUAUAUUUUAUUUUAAAUAAUAGCACUCUUGUUUUAGAAAUGUCAGAAAUUAAGCAUUUGGAUUUAACUAUUUUUCAAUGAGUUAAACAAAUUUUGUAUGUUAAUCAAAUUAUUUAAUUUUUAAAAAAUUUUAUGCUUCCUUCGUUUGAAAUGUUUUUUUUUUAUUAUAUUUUUAUUAAAUUGUCAUAUCUAGCUAUAUUUAAUAAAAUAGCAAUGAAAAUAUAUUGAGGUAAAAUUACACUGACCUAAUAUCAAGAUUAUAAUGUAAUAUGUUUAAACAAAUUAAACACUCCUUCACUUGUAUAAUUUUAGGUUACCUUUCUACUAUGAGUUAAAAAUUGUCUUUGUAUUAUGGAUGCUGUCGCCAAUGACUCAGGGUUCCAGCUUCUUAUUCAAAAAGUUUGUUCAUCCGCAACUUGCUCGCAGGGAAAAGGUAAGGCCACCAUAUUAACUUCUUUUAAUGUAGCAGCUCAGUCUGGGAUUAAAAGUGAGGUUGUCUUUGGCAAAUUGUUUUAGUCUUAUCAGUUUCGGUUGCUAGAAUAAAUUGAGAAAUAUACAUUGAAAGAACUUAUGUUAUUUUUCAAGCUUCCCCAACUUUUUUAUUCACCUAUGCUAUGGUAAUAUUCAUGAAAGUAAAGAUAAAAUACAAAAUGAAAGUGCUGUACAAUCCAAAAAAUAAUUGUUUGUUUGUUUUUGUUUGUAGUUUCUCUAUCUAUUUGUUGUCCGUAAAAAAAAAUUAAAUAAUUUUUUUCUGUACACAGAAGAAUUAUUUUAAAAGUAACUUAACAGAAGAUAAAAUCUUUUUGUCAGGAUAUAGAUGAAAUGAUAGAACAAGCAAGUAAACAAGGUUACAGUACACUGCUGACUCUAGGAACUAAAGGAUUACAAGCUGUCAUGAAAACAGCAAUUAUGGUAAGUGCAAACCAUAAAAAAAUAACAAUUAUAUUUCUAAAACAUUCUGUAUCCAGUUAUUAAGUCAUAAAAUUCAAAGGACAAAAAAUAUAUUAGAUUUUACGUAACUAUGUACUUAGAAAGUGAGUGUUUUCUUUUACACAUAAUUUUAUUUUUAUACUGCAAUAUACUUAAAAAGAUUCAUUAAAUAGUUCUUCAUAUGUUACUAUUAUUUUCACCUAAAAUUAAUAAUUGUCACCCAUUUCACUUUGGCUGAGCUAAAAUGGAUUCUCAUCUUGAAAUGUCCUGUAACAAAUUUUAGCUCACUUGAAUAUGAACUUGUGACAAAUUAUUUGGGUCACAUACAUGCACAGCGAUUUUUAUUUUUUUAGACUCAAUUUAUUGUAGGAAGCCUUACUUGUUGCUUUUCAGGGUCAAUCCAAGCUGGUGGAUCAUUUACGACGUAGUUACAGCACCAGUGACUUAUCUAAUGAUGGCCAAAACCUAAUUACUCGUCAUGAGGCUUUGGAUAACCAAGAAGAAGAUGGAGACGAUGAACUUGGUUUGUUUUAUCAUUUCAAUAUCUUUUAUUACCUUAGUUUGAUAGUCUCUUUAGCUCUUUAAAUUGCAAUUUAAUUAUUUUUAGAAGUAAAUUAUUAUAUCUCAUAAAUUUGUACAAUAUAAUUUAUCUGUAUGCCACAACUGCAGAGAAUGUACACAUUUUUUAUCAUGGCCUCGGGCCAAUUGGCACUUACUCAGGUGGCUGAUAGAUUUGUGAAGAUGAUGAUGUUGAAUGCAACUGGUCAGUUUUUUUAUCCAGUUCUGCAUUUUAAUUAUCCUAAAUCACAGUUCACCAAUUUUCACCUAUUUUGUUGUUUCUCCAAAAAUAGAAUAUGUGCAGUACAAUAUAUGUUCCAAUAUAUUUUACGCAUUGUCUGCUUUUAAUGUAGCAGCUCAGUCUGCAUUGAGACAGUAUAAAAAAAUUAUAAGAUACAAUUUAUUCAAGGAUAUUUUAUCUUAAUGAGAAUAGAAACAGCAUAAUUUCUAAUACAGUUAAAAACAAAGCGCCAUUGUUUCUAUUCUAAGAAAAAAAGUGGGAUCAACUAAAAAUGUCUAUAAUUUUGGCUUAAAGUGAAUAGGAAAAAGUAAUAUUAGUGCAUUCAGCACUAAUGUCAAGAGGAAAAAAUUGUUUUGACAACCACGUUGGAAAGUAAUGGAUGUUUCUCUAUGUGCAGAUAACAGACUUCUAGAGGACAAUGCUGAAUUAGAAAGACGGUCAAGAAAUCCUUUGGGAAAAAGUAAAAGCUCAAGUAAGUGUGCAUAAAAUGUAAGGAUGGACCAGCAUUUGAACUCUUUUGAUCAAUGGAAUCAAAGGUCUUAAUAUAUAUCUAUUCUAACACAAUAAGAGGUCUAAAAAGCUUUUAAACAUCCAUGAAACUGUCCUUUUUGUUUAAUACCUGAGACCAGACCUGGUUAGCCUUACGUUGGAGCCAGCUGAAUAGCAUUAAGUUCUGUGGGGCAGUGAAGUGACUGACCCUUCUUGUUCCUUAUGUUCUAAGCUGCUUGUUAAAAAGUCAGUAAAAGAAAUUCUGUGAAACUUAAUGGGUCAUUAGGUUUCCUUGUUAAUUUGAGUUGUGACUUAUGUUACCGUCUCAUUAAAGUGCAAGUCAAUAAGUCUCACCAUGUUUUUAAAAAAAACACUAAUGUUUCUAGACCUUAAGACUAAACUGUAUUCCUUCAAAUUUUUCAUAAAUGUUGGCAUUCGGAUUAGUGUCUUAAAUUUGUUCAGCUGAACAAAGAUUGACAUUAAAACAGCCUAAUUUGUUGCAUUCAAAAUUCCAAUAACAAGUAAAUGUAUUGACUUCAUUUCUCAGCUCUUUCACUGUCUAGUGUCAAAGAAGAAGAAGGAGAAGAUGGGGAACAUGUUAUAACAGAAACCUUUGCUCUCCCAUCAACUGCACGAAGACACUACUCCAUGAAAGAGGUGGGUGCUUUACAUAUGAGUACAAGUCUGUUUCUUCCUUAUGAAGCAAUAAUCUGUUGUCAUGUCAUGCAUGGUAGAUGGUAAAAUGUUUUGUCCAAAAGAAAUAAUGUACACGAUAAGGUGCCAACAACAAAAAUUUAUUUCAUCAACUUCUUUCAUAUAUAACCUAUGGAGAAUAUCACUGCAGCAUGCAUUUGUACUGAUUGUAACAGUGUGAAUACAUUUGAUGAAAAACCUGCUUUUACAAAUAUAGCACACACACAAUUAUCUCUCUGCUUCUGAAUUUUUAAAAGCAACUUCUUUUUUAUAAUUUAAUUUGCAGUAGAUUGUUUUCAGUUUUGUUAUGGAAUAUAAUUUAUACCCCCUUCAGUUAUUUUUGAAAUGAUCAUUUUUGUUGAGACGCAGCUCUCAAUACGUAUGACAAGUUCAUUUAUGAGCAUGUCUCAUUAACCUUUUGUACUGAGGUGGAGGAUUAUUUAAGUCUGAUUUAAGCUGCCCUCAUGUUUGAUUAUAAGAUGGCUUCAGUUGAAAAUUUGAAGAAGGAAAAAUAGAUUUAAAGAUAAUUUUCUCCUAGCAACUGAACUUACCCCCCCUUGCCAACCGGUGGGAUUAACAUGUCCACUGCCUUGUCAUUAACUUGUAAAGGAAGCAAAUAACUACAAAAAAUCUCUGGCUACAUGGUAUUGAACUUCUAGCUUCAGUGUUGGAUAUAAUAUAAUUAGUAGCAAAUAUUCCAGGCGUUCAUUAAAAAUCCAAAUAUUCAUGAUACAAAAAAAAAUAUUCAAUCACUAAUCUUUUAUAUUGAACAGUUAACCACUUUCUUUUUACACACUUAGUUUGUUACUUAAAAGUUGAAAAGCAAAAUCCAAAUGGGCAAUAUAAAAUGUGUGUUCAUCAUAUUUAACAUUUUAAAGACAGUAAAUUACUCUUUAUUAUUUUGUAUGUUUAUUUCUAGCUGGUGCAUAAACCAUUUCUACUAACAUUUCCAUAUUUAGCACCAUUGGGCAUCACAUAUAAAUUAAUCAGUUACUAGAAAAAUAAUAUGAUUUUUUUAAAGCCUAGAAUACUCAUGGAAACACAACUUGGCAGCAGGGCUGGCAUUUUGAUGGGAACCAACAAAAUGUGAGAAAGGGUUUUAGAUUUUAAAAUAGUAUUUAUUUUGUGGUUACGGUUUUUUAUUAAUAAUCUGAACAAGUGUGGUUUGGUGAAUUUCUUAUUUCAAUUAGAGGUUGCUUUCAACUUUUUUUUUAUUAUUGUCAUCAACCUAUUUAAGGUUAUUAUUUUUUUUUUUACUUCAGUAAUGGCAUUUUCUUUCCUUCUUCUGUUUUAUAUUUUUAGGAAAGCAUAUCUCCAGCAUAUCGCAAGCUCCGCAGCCAGUCCCUUCCUCCUUCUACUCUUGUUACAAAGCCAUCUUUAGGCCCUAAAGUUAAUCCAAAAUUAAUCAGUGUAAAAUCUCAAGAAAUGAAUGUUAAAGAUAAAUCCCAAACAGUUGAAGUUUCCAAUACCGCUAACAUAAAACACAAAUUAUUGUCCAGAUCUUUAUCUCAAGAUAGUGGCUUAAAACCACAUUUUUCACCCACUCAAUCUCAAAUGUCUUUAAAGAAUAAGAACAAGUUAUUAGGCAGGUCUCAGUCUGAAGAAAGGGCAACUUCCUUAAGAUCAGAUAUCUUAUCUCUCUCACCCUAUGGUGCAACAGUAGAAGCCAAAAGGUUUCAUCUUUCCACUGCAUUGCCAGAAGGUGAAGAGAUUAAAAAACCUGCUGCAGUUGCACAAGUGAAACAUGAACCCUACAUUAGUUUGGAAAUAAAAGUCCCAGAAAGUGAUUCCAAAACUCAAAUGAUGAUGGAGAAAAAUAACUUUGAAAGGUCAUCAGAUCAUAUGGCAGUGGCUGUCAAAGAAAUUGAGGAGCCCAUAGCAAUUUGGAGAAGUCUUCCAAGAUUCUUGAGUGAUCUCCCUGUCAUAGAGGAAUUCACUCCACUGGAAUCCAGCCCCAUAUCCCAAAGUUCAGAAAAAGAAUCUAAAUCUCCAGUCUCUUCUGUGUUAUCUCAAGUCAUUGAAGUAGAUGUAGGAGAAUCCAAAGUGAACAUCUUUAACACAGCUAAUGAGGGAAGUGAGCAAGAUGAUUUAAUUUACAUUGAUGCUGUAGAAAGUCAUUUAGCCAGUGAACCAAAGCCUGCAUCACUUGAUCCACAUUCUGAUUUGUUAAUUAAAGGUGAUGAGAGCAAACCCAGUCGUAUUUGGAAGACUAACGUUGAUGAAAAAGAUGAUUCAGACAAAACUAAUAAAAGUGAGGAUAUCCGACAUCAGUCAUUUGAGCUAUCUGAUAUUGAACCUAGAAGCUCGAGUCUAGAGGUGUUUGAUGAUGAUUUUGAUAGCUGUUCUGAAUGGAGCGAUGGUGGAAACUGGGAGACGCUGUCAGAACUGAGUUCCCUGGACUCACCUGGGUACCAGAAAAGUGAUUCAACUAGUGAAGGUAUAUUGAAUUUUGAUAAUGCCAAAGGAACUUAUGGUCCUUGGAGUGCCCCAAACAGCCCUGCAACUUGCAUAAGAGAAUCUAAACACUGCACUGAUGAAUCACACUCUAGAAGUACACCUAUUAUUUCUUCAUCCACCAAGAAUCAGUACAGAGAUGAAUUUACUCAGAUAAUGGCAAGACUUCGCCGUGAGGUGGCUCCUACCUCAUUUGCUGCCAGGGAUUAUUAUUUGCCAUCUUCUUCUAAUCUCAGUGUAUCAGAAAUUAGCUCACCAAUUCAUGUCGUGAACCGUGGGGAUGAGAGUAAAUUUGAUCCAUUUAAAAUCUGGCAACCUCAGUAUGGUGCUGGCAGUUCAUCACAAGCUGCAAGUAAAUCCCCUUCCACAACGCAGCCCGGCACAAGAGGAUCAAGACGGGACAGGUCAUACGUUAGAGCUACUAGUAUGGAUACCGGAGGUGGGGAAGCCAUGUACUUUACUGGCACCGGGCACAAAGUUCACCCCUUUUCACCCAGUACUCUGUCUCGCCCCCGCUCCCGCUCUUUAAGCUCAGAUACCAGUGAUGUUGUUUUUAGGUCCUAUUCACCCAAAAUCCAGUUAUCAAAUUUUCAUCAGAAUAAGGAAUAAGCAUUCAUUACUUGGUUUGAUGUAGUUAUUUUUAAUGUUUGAUUCUUAGAUAGCAAAAUAACAGUCAGGUUUUUUAAAAAAAUGUAAAUUUAAAAAAAUAAAUCACAACCCACAAACAUGAUGUCCCUUGAAUUGGCCACUUUCGAAGCAUCAACAAAGCCUACGUACCUGAAUACAUCUACUAUAUGAUAGAUUUCAAGAGGAGGUAACUAGCUUGUGUUUGCCCGUCUUGCAUUUUGGACAAGAAUGCAAUGAAAUGUUAAAAUAGAUAGAUGGCCAUUGAUAUUGCAGUUGAUAGUAGCUCUCCCCAAAACAUUUAACAUACUUACAUGCUAUCAUUCAUUUAUUUCCACCUCUUAUUACAUUUUAAUACCAAAAAAUGCUUUUGCUUAAAAUGUUUCCUUUUCAGGUUGGACAUUUUUUCAUAUCUUUAACACUUCAUUUUGAAUUGUGUGUUAUCUAUUAAUCUUUCAGUCUAAAGAAAUGAUUGUUCAUUUAUUUAUGCUCUUUUAUUAAUCUUGUAGCUAAAUAUACCAUAUUAUUUCAGUCAGUAGUGAUAACUAAGUUGAAAAUUUAACUAAGCUUGUACAUCUUUGUGUCAGAUUUUAAUCUAAAAAUCUAAACCGCAGAAUUAUCUUUUAAACUACUUAAGUUUUAUCUUAAUAUUGUUUUUCUUUUACAUCAAAUUGCUUCCUUAAAAAUGUCUUAUAAUUAUUUUUUUUAAAGUAAAAUAUAUUCUAUUAUGGAGAAAUAAAUAUCUAAAUGUAUUUUGACAUGGAAUAGAACAACACAUAAUCUUACACUUAUUUUCCUUCUGUAAAUGUCUUCUUGUGUUGCAUAUUUUUAAGUAAAUUGUAAUGGUGCAUCAUAAUCAAAAAGGGAAGUAAUAAUCAAAAAGUGAAGUACUUAAUUAAUCUAAAAAUGAGAUACUGUGAAAAAUCUCUGGAGAGUAAAGGAAAUGAAUUAAAUAAACAAAAUAUAGAACAUUCAAUUGAACCUCAGUUUUAUGAGCCAAUGUUUUUUUAUUGUUAUCUUAUAAGAAAUUUUCUGCUUUAUUUGCAGAAAUCCAGCAAGGUAACUUUUGGGGCAGGGACUAUGGUGAUGGUGUGCACACAAUAUCUUAGCAAUGUGAAACCAAAUGAUACUUAAGUUUUAUACUUAGAAUUUUUUGGCUUCAUAAUAAUAUAAAAAUAACUUAAAGCAUAAAUUCACUGUGAUCCUUUUCCCAGCACAUUUGCACAUUUUUAUAAGUUCUUUUCUUUUAAUGGGUUUUAUUUAUUUAAUUUAUAAAACUUAAAGGGAAUUAAGUUUAAAAUAUUUCUUACCCUUGUAGAUUGAGCUUCCGAUGAGUUACUUAAAACAAUGACAUUGCCCAAAACAGUGUUCCUCUCUAAUUUUUCACUAUCCAUGUAAAAUAAGAUAUCACUUAUAAAUUUGUUUUAAACAAUUGUUCAAAUAUAUACAGCACACAAAAAGUAAAAGCCUGCAAUUUAAAAAGUAUUGCAAGGUACAUUUUGAAUAAAAUCCAGUGCAGUAAUUGUACCUUAAAAUUAUGUUAUAACCUGUUAAAUCUUCCAUUUCAUUCAAUUAACAUCAGAAAUUUCUGCAUUCUCUAUUAUUUAUAUUUCAAUAUAAAUUCUGAGAAUCAUAGCUAUGUUGUUAUGUUUUAAAUUAAUCAUUAAAUGUGUGUGUGCGCUUUGCAUAAUCCCAGGAAAUUUUUUUUUAAAAGCUGAAUGUGGCCCCUGUUAAAAUGUGUACUUCUUUUUUGAUUAACAAAGGUUGAUUUGAAUGCACCCUCAUGACUUUUUUUUUUAUAGCUUUCCAUUUUUAGAAUUUUAGUUUCAAGGAAAGAAAAUAUAUAUAUAUUUUUUUUUAAUUCUUGUUUUUUCCAUUUGUGUUAUUGAUAAAAUCAAUCAAGUUGCAUUAUUUCCAUUGCCUCACUUAUUGCAGUUGUCAUGUCUUAACAAUGAAUUCCUAUUAACAAAUCUAACUGAUAUAAACAUUUGUAAAAAAUAAAAUAAUGUUUAUUAUUAAUUACAAGGCUUGCUAUAUAAACAGACCAACAUUAACGAUUUAUACCCUAUUUCCUCCUUGACAGACCAAGCAAAUAAAUACCUAUGGAACAGUACCAAGAUCUAGGGCCAGAACCAGAGCUACCACCAGAAAAUCCAUUCUUCCACCAUGAUCUGUGCUCCUAAAUGAAUCCAAGGGCUUUCGAAUUUUAUAGGCAUUUGAAAAUGACACUUAUUCCUUGCAUUCAUAUGACAUGUAUUAUUUCGAACUAUGUGUUUGUUUUAAAAAGUCAAAUAUUGAUGAAAUGUGAAAUAUUUGAAAAAAAUCUGUGGGUAACAUGCAUCGUUUGUUCGAUUUGAUUUUUUUAAACUAAAGCUUAGAUUUUUUAGUAUGAUAUUUUUAUAAUGACUUUCACCAAUGUCUGCAUACAUAUACAAAUGCUGCACCUCACUAACUUGGUGAGAGUUCUCUUAGCUUUAAAUGAUACAGAUGGAUAUGAUAUCUUACAUAUUAUUUGUUUUUAAUCCAAUGUUUAUUCUGAGGUAACAUACUCCCCCAAUCACCUGACCAGAAUUUGUACAGUAAAUGUUCCUUUAAAUGCUUGGGACAACGUUGGCAUGUGUUUGUAAAGUUUCCUCUCUGCAUUGCCAUUAGAAGCAUGUACAAAGUUUUAAAUGCUUUUGUGAUGUCAUUUAAUGACCCUUUUUGUUUCUUUUAGAUUUGAUUAUUUCCUACUUGUACUUUCUGGUUUGACAUGAUGUAAUAUAAAAGUCAUGAAAGAAUAAAUAUCACAAGGUCAGAUGUAUACAUUUUUUUACAUGGAUUUUUGAAGAUAUUUUAGGUCACAAUAGUGUUCACUUCAGACUCAGUCACAGAUUACACAUAGGCUAAAUGAUGCUGAAUUGUUUAUUUUAGCUAUGUUUAUUCAAUCAAUAAUUUAAGUUUGUAACUCAGUUUAAACAUUAAAUAGUGCCAGAUGAUUUAAUCAUGAUUUUCUUGUCACUAGAAUGUUCCUAAAUUAAAUAGUUAUUAAAUUUAUUACUUUAAUUAUUUUUUUCUGUGAGUUUAAUGAAAAAUUUACAUGUUAGCUUGAUUAUUUGAAAACACUAAAAAGCCAAAACAAAUGUAUAUUCCCCCUUCCCAGACAUCACUUAACUAUAAUAUUGAUUUUAAACUCGAGGGAAGUCAAUAAAAGUGUGACUUGAGAAAAGAUGAAAGAGGUGUGGUUGAAGUGAAGUACAACAGCUUGACAUGUUGACACCAUCCCUUGUCUCCAAAACUAGGAAAUCUCACCAAGUAUCAUCUUAUAUAUAGCCUAUAACUUUUAGUGUAACUUUAAAUGAGUUUAUAUGUAAACCAUAUCAGCAAAGGUUAGUGAUUUUCAAGACUUAAUUCUCUCCCUAUUUGCGAAUUUUCUUUAAAAAAUUCUCCACACAAAAAAGGGUAUUUUGUAAUAUUUUUUUUUAAAAGGCUUUAAUAUGUGACAGAUAACUUUUAACUUCUUGAAAGUAUGUGAGUAUUUUCAAAAUAUGGUUUUUAAUUAUUAUUAUUUUUUUAAAACAUACUCACUCCCUUUUUGACGUCUUAUUGCCGUGAUGCCUCCCUUUUCUCUAGACUUAAUUUUUUUUUUUUUCUUUUCUAGAAUAAAUGUCCUUGCUUUCAUAUGGGAAGGAAUUUGAGACAAGCAUCUCUAAUGAAUGAUGUGUUGUAGGAAUGAAAACUAUUACCAUUUGCCUCAUCAUCAUCAGCUCUCUCUCUAAGUCAGUCCAAACAUUUGAUGGCUGUGGCUUUAGGUGGCUGUCAUAUAAAUGAGGAAGGAAGUUGAAGUUAAUGGGUUGCAUGAUAUUGCUAGUGAAUGUUCUUUGAAUUUGUUUGCAUUCUGCUUUUGGUGCAUGUGAGCUAUUCAUUGGUUUGUCAACACCGCUUGCAUAGCUUCUCUCUUUUGCCUAGUUUGACUGACUGCAGUUGUAAAAUGAAGAAUAAGACAUUGUUUAUUUCAAUUAUGUUUUUAUAUUUUAUCUCUAAUAUGACAAUGGAAAACAAAUUACUCCACUACAGAAUAUCUAAUGUAAUAAUACAACAUAAUUCACUCGAUGGCCAGGCGGAGGUGAGAUGUAAAAAUGUUAUCCUGUAUAUCAAUCUUAUAAAAUGCAGUGUCUCUCUCCUUUCAUAAUUUCUACGUAAUAUUUUUCUAACAUAUAUAUUUUUAAUUUUUCGAGGACAUUCCGAAUUUGACUUUAAACUAUAGUAUAUUUUAUACAAGCAUCAACCAAUCAUGCUCAUCUGAUAACAAUGCUAUUGUUACCACGUGUUCUACAAAUGCUCAGAAAACAAUAUAGCCAGUAACAUGCGUACAUUUUCACUUCACAUCGAUUAUUCCUUAAGACAAGAAAUAAUACAUAUUUAUUUUUUAAUUAUGCUUUCUUAUUUUUAUAUUGUUUGCGUCCCUCAAUAGCUCUCAAUAGCUUCUGAGUUCCCUUUAAUAAAAUAGCCUUAAUUGUUGGAUUUUUUUGCUGUGUGAAGAGAAAUGUGUGCCAGUCUGUGUGCUCUUCUGUUGAUUAUUUUCUACUACUGCAUGCGCACCAGGGGCAUUGUGAACACAAUGGAAGAUGUCCUUUGACAUUAUAAGUAACAGCAUGCAGAGUUCAGUGGUUGAUCCUUGGGCACACUAAAAGCUGCUUUGUAUUGAUAACACAGGAUUUUUAUUUUUCAGCACAAACUCUAAAAUAUUUGAUUUAAUUUAUAACAGCCUGUAAAAGGGUUGAGCUGACAUGAAUGCAUGCCUGUAUGUAUAGAUAUAUGGAUGAUUAAAUUAUGACAUCAUUAAAUAUGUUAUAUGAACUUGUGUUGCUAGUCCAAUUUUCCUGAAUCUCCAAAGCUUAUUCCUAUACCGGUACAUUUGCCCCCAUGUUUUACCUUUGUUUCAGUUUUGGUCAUGAUUUCAAUUUUUUUUAAGUAGGUCAGCAUGAUUUUGAUCAGAUGACAGAUUUUAAUAUGACUUCAAGCAAUGUACCAUACUAAAUUAAUUAAACCACCAUCUUUUAAUAACUAAUAAGACAUGACCUAAAUAAUGGGCGCCCCCCCCCCCACCCCAUUUGUUCAUGUUUAAUGUGUCCAUGUGGUUUGUGAGAUGUGUUAAGAGUAACUGCAAAAAAUUGAAAUGACUGUGUUGUAUAAAUAUAUUUGAUAUUGUAUAGAAGUUUGCCUAUACAGAGAUAAUGUGCAGUUUUUUUCUUUUUAAGUAAUGACAAUCUCUUCACAAAUUAUAAGUUAGGCUUAAAAUGAAGGGGUACUACUGUAUUUGACUAAACAGAGGUCUUCAGACUAUAUGCCUUUGUUUUGUUAAUCAAGAUCUUUUCCAUCAUUUUCCCUAUAUAUUAAUCAUUGAUGUUAAUUAUUUCAUCUUUGAUUUGCUUACUUAUUUCAAUUUGUGUUUUAUUUUGAUGAAUAUCUUAUGUGAACUAUUUUGUUCCCUGACAUUUGAAUUCAUUGAUCACUUUGAAAUGCCUCAUUCAUUUUUUUCUCACCUCCUUGUAUUUUCUUCUGUUAGGUCAAAUAACCAUUUCAUUCUUCAUGUAGAUGUUAAGUUGUGCCGGGCUUUCAUUUUAACUGAUCUGAAUUCAGUGGGUCAAUGUUGUUUUUUUUUGUUGUUUUCAGUUUACUUUGCUGCAUAGUCAAAAGUUAAUGGUGUUUUUAUUGAAGGCAUGUUUGUAGCUGUAGUUAAAUCUAAUCUACAUAAAAUAUUUCUUUGUAUUUGAGUUUAUUAUAGUGCGUGUGGGUUUAUUAUAGGAUUAGACAAGUCAAUCUCAAAAUUUCCCUUCAUAAUAAUAAAAGUCAAGUUCAUGUACUCAGCAGCGCCACCAUUUCACUGAGACGGAGAUUAUUCAAGAUUUACUCUGCCCUAUUUCCACAAGAACUAGAGGAUGUUUUAGCUAAUAAUGUUUCCAAUUAAGAGAUUUCCCAUGAGCUCAUGUAUGAAUACCUGUAUAUUAUUAUACUGCUAUUGUACUAUGUCACACUGCAUUCAGUAAGAGUAGCACCAAAGGAGCUGCCUCAUCUAUGAAGGAAUAAAGGAAUCCUAUCUAGUGAUGACUCUUGCACACAAUGUACUCUGUUUAUAACUUUUUCUAUCUAAUUGUUCUUCAUACAUUCGGACUUACAUAAUAUACAUAUAGUGAUUAUUAUUUUUGAUACAUUUGAGAGACAACUCAUUAAGGGGGCUUGGUUCGGGGGACAGAAUCUCAUCAUAAAAAUGCUGUAACACUCUGGCAAGUUGAACAUUAAUUUUUAACAAACAAUUUUAAACGACCUCUUGAGGAAAUAGUGAAAGAUAAUUGUAACUUGUAAAACAUAUUUCCAAAGCCAACUCCAAGGACUGUGUGGGUGUAAGGAUCCAUGUCACCUGUCAGAGUAUGGGGUGCUUUUUGUUGUUCUGAAUCAUGGCACUCAGCAGUGCAAUGUGUACAAUGUUACUGCUCUGUGUACAAUGUUACCUAUGAAUAAAUCAAUGACAUGGAACAGCUGGAUGUAAUCACUUUACAUCAGCUGUACUACUGCAUGAUGUACCUCGAUUUGGGCAAUCUCUACUGUAUGAUGUACCUCGAUUUGGGCAAUCUCUACUGUAUGAUGUAUGGUUUCGAUUUCGACCGACAAAAGUAUUUCGGUAAGCGUGAUAAUAAUUUGAGGGGUGUGGGGGUUCUCCAUAAUAAUAUAUCAUAAAUAUGUAGAAUAUUUUCUUAGUAGAAGCAACAAUAGCAUGCCAACUAAGAUUGACAUCAUUAUGCCAACUAAGAUUGACAUCAUUAUGCCAACUAAGAUUGAAAUCAUUAUGCCAACUAAGAUUGACAUCAUUAUGCCAACUAAGAUUGACAUCAUUAUGCCAACUAAGAUUGACAUCAUUAUGCCAACUAAGAUUGACAUCAUUAUGCCAAUUAAGAUUGACAUUAUUCCAGCUAAGAUUGACAUCAUUAUGCCAACCAAGAUUGACAUCAUCAUGCCAACUAAGAUUGACAUUAUACCAACUAAGAUUGACAUCAUUAUGCCAACUAAGAUUGACAUUAUUCCAACUAAGAUUGACAUCAUACCAACUAAGAUUGAAAUUAUUAUACCAACUAAGAUUGACGUCAUGCAAAUUAAGACUGACGUCAUGUAAACUAAGAUUGACGUCGUGCAAACUAAGACCGACAUGCCAACUAAACUAAGAUUGACAUCAUGCCAACUAAGAUUGACAUAAAGCGAUUCUAAAAAGAAAAUAUUCAUUGAAACUGCGAGUGUUGACUUUGUCCACUUGCUUCUAAAUACUUCUAUAGAAAUAACCGACACUUCAACAAAUACGAUCAGUCUCUACAGACAUCGGUGAUAUAGAUCGAGAGCGUCUCUAAAUGUGAGAAUGUUUGAGAACCCCCGUCUGGAUGAAAUGCUAUGAGAGCAUGUGCAGCACGGGUUCAAUGAGAUGUUAUCACGAAGUCAGGUCGUGAUGCUAUCGAUUGGUUUAUUUGUUUGCGUCAGAGGCCGGCCCUGAUGCGGUUUAUAAGCUCUUCCAUGUGUUUGGGCAGUAAGGGGGAGGGACACGUAGUAAUAUGGGGGAGGGGGGUUAUUUGUGUACGCGAAACAAACAAUUGUUGUUGUCCAGUAUGUCAUUUGUAGUUUUCUAAAUUUUUUGAAAAAACUAAAUGCAUGUGAAUAAUUUAAGGAACUAUAAGAGAAGUGAGAAGGCUUUGCUUGAACCUGUCAUCGUACAGUACACGUCUUAACUAACACGUGUGUGCAUACUACCUCGUAUGUUUUAAUAGAUGUUUGUGACAACGCCCCCCCCCCCUUUCUGCACCACAAUGAUGUUUUAUUGGCUAACAGAUACAAAAACUGCUUAUGAGUUACAUUGGUAUUCAUUUGUGCACCGAUAAAUGAACGCUUAAAAAGAUAGUCAUAUUUUGAUGGAUGACUCCGGGUGUCUGAAAGGGAAAUGGACAGAUUGAAAAGGAAAAGGAUUGAGAUAUGUGGACAAAGCU